CUUCCGCCCAUCUCUCAUACUACGUGGAAAGGUUCAACAAUGACCCCAAACACUACCUUCCUCAUAUUCUCCCUCCUCGCUCUCACUCUACUCAUUUCUCCUACAGCCGCCUUCGGUGCCGGCAACAUAGCCAGUAUCUCCCGCAUUGAAGGCCACAACUGGCGUCAUGGUGACCUUGAGGAUCUUCUCAAAACGGUGGCCUUCAUCCACGGCCACAAAUGGACCUCCAUGAUGGUCAAGCGAGCCUACUUUGGCAACUGGCUUCGCGACUACUCGCAAGCCGUCGACGUCGGCACUCUCAAGGGCGUCCAGGCCGACGUCAUCCGUGUUCUGGUCUGGGUGCUGGCGUUCAUGAGUUUCGGGUACGCCACGGAGGAGUUUGAGGUCACGGCUGAGAGGCUCGGUGUCUACCGGCCAGAAGAGCACAUUGACAACCCCAAAGACUAUGCCGACAACAUCGACGCAAGACAAUACGACCAACGAUUACGCGGACCUAUUAUGCCCAUCGAACUAGCCAUCGAUCCCAACACAGGCAUGAAGAACUACAUCGCCAACGAGAGCGGCGGCUGGGCCACUUCUCUCGGCUACGUCAAGUAUAGCUUCGCCCGCAGCAUCCACUUCGGCCGCCUCUACACUCACGGCGCCCAACGCGGCCGCGAAGAGGACCUCUGCGAAGCCCUUCGCUGUCUCGGUCAAGGUCUGCACUGUCUCGAGGACUUCGGCGCGCAUACGAACUACACCGAACUCGCUUUACGUGAGCUAGGCUUCCACAAUGUCUUCCCGCACGUGGGCACGCAGACUAUGCUUAAUGUUCGUGGAAAGCAGAUUUACCCUCUGGUUACUGGCACAUUCGGCGGGGUCGACUUCUUGCAUUCUGUGCUUGGCGAGGCGACGGACCAUGUUACGCAGACUGAGGUCAAUGAAGCGGAAGUGCAGCAGCUAGAUAAUGCACUCAGUCAAGCCGCUGCAACGCAGAAGCGGGGCUAUGGUGGUGGUGCGUCGGAACUGACAAGCUUGCUGGGACAGGUGCCAGGAACGAGAGGGUUGAUCGAGGAGGCGCAGCGCUUGCAAGCCGACUCGGACGCGCAGGCUGCGGAGAACGAGCGGAUGGGCGGUAGCCGCGAUCCAUCUGGUGGUGCUUACCAGCAGUAUCCAGGUCAGUAUGGUCAGGAUGCGCCGCGGGCUGGAGGACAGUACGGCUUCCCAGGACAGUCUUCAGUCCCAACCACAACUACAGCCGGGCCGGGCCUCAACGUCAACAUCGACCCCCAAGCCGUCAUCGACCGCCUCCGCCCCAUCCUCACCUUCCGCGACCGCGUCGUCCGCACUAUCUCCAGCUUCGUCGAGAAGAUUCCCGGUCUGGAAAAGAUGAUCGAGACCAUCAGCGAAAAAGUCACCCUCUUUGUCAUGGGCCUCAUGGCACCUUUCGUCAAACCCCUCAUCGCCGCGGCCUCCAAUGCGCUGAAAACGGGGAGUGGCGCCGUUGUGAGCGCGAGUCAGAGACAGCAGUACCUCGUCUGGGAGGACCCGACGAGCAGUGACCCCACUCAUUCGCUGCUGUCGAAGGACCAUUUCAGUAAUAUCCUCAACGAGCCUGCGGGACAGGUAGCGGCGGUGAUACUGAAAUUCGUCGCGCCGAGAGUGAUAUACGGAUGGGAGCACCCGGAAGUAGGCGAAGAACAAAUCCUCCACGACGUCGCGACGGUGUUUCACCACCCGGCCCUGCGGGACGGGAAGUCGGAGAUGCAGAGGGAGAUGUUUGGGGUUGUGGAGCGGUGGGUGCAUGCGCGGCCGGAUCAGGGCAGGGAUCUGGAUCGGCUGUUGAGUAGUGAGAGUGUGCGGGCGGGGAAGAAUCAUGUGGUGCAGGAUUUGCAGUCGAGUUUGGUGCCGUUGGAGCAGCAGUUGCAGGGGUUGGGGGGGACGAGUAGUCAUAGCUAUACGGCUGGGGGGCCGAUGGCGAUGUUUGCGCAGCAGCAGCGGGGGUUGGGCGGGCAGAGUGUGGGUGGUGGUAGUGGUGGCGCGUCGGAGUAUGCAUCGUCGUCGGAGUAUGCACCGGCAUCACAGGGGUAUGGCGCAGCGGCUUAUGGACAAGAUUCCGCCGGAGGCGAAGGUUCGUACUCAACUGGCUAUGGCUCCGGUUAUGGUGCGGGUUCGUACGAGCAGAGUCAGCAGUCUUCGGGACAGUAUCCAGGGCAGGGGUAUCGGAGCGAGUCACGACGGGAUGAAGGUUACGGCAGCGGAGGCGGCUACGGUCAAGACAACAGUGGCUAUGGUCGCUAUUAAGCGAAGGGUGACGCUGUGCUUAGGGCGACUGACCGUUAAGAAUCACGGGGGCGCGUCUUGUGUGCUCAGGCGGCAACGGAAUGAGGAAGAAAUACUACGACCGGGCUUUCCACCACAGCUUGACUGACCAGGACCGGGUCGCGCUCAGGACCGCUGUAUGGUGAUUUCUCCCGCGUUCUGUGGUAGUACCCUGUGCUCGAGAUACAGCUUGCACGUUACGAAUAGCAUGCACCAUAU